CCGAGUGAGCAGCAGCAGCCAUGGCCGACCCGCGAUUCGCCUCCCUCAAGACAGACCCCCGCUUCAGGAGGUCCAAGCAGAAGAACCUCAAGGUCGAGAUCGACGAGCGCUUCAAAGAUGUACUCGAGAGCGAAGAGUUUGGAGGCAAGGGGCCUGGACGGGCCAAAGUGGACAAGCGAGGACGCGCUGUAGCGCCUUCUAACCAUGCCGACCAGAUCAAGCGCUUCUACCGCUUGAAGUCGCCAGAAGCCGACGAAGAGAAGGAGGGCUUUGUGGAUUACGCUCGAGGCGGAGGAGCUCUCGAGUCUUCCGGCUCUGAAGACGAGGGCGGAGAAGACAGCGAGGUGGAAGAGGAUGAGCUCGUGCUUGGUGUCAAACGCCCAAACAGAUUGCCCAGCUACAGCCCGUCAGACUCUGAGGACGAGUCUGACGAUGACCAUCUCCACAUUGACCUCUCAGAAGACGAGGCCCACUCUGCGUUCCCUCCCGAGGCGGACGAUAUCCCCGACGACGAGUCUGAGGCCGAGCCCGUCGACCCUUCCAAGCGCAUUGCUGCUGUCAACCUCGACUGGGACAAUAUGCAGGCCUCCGACCUCUUUGCCGUCUUCAACUCUUUUCUAUCUCGCCCCGCCAACAAGGGUGAAGCCAAAGCCCCUUCUGCGUUGGGCAAGCUCUUGAAUGUCAAGAUAUACCCUAGCGAGUUUGGCAAAGAGAGGAUGGCGAAGGAAGAGACCGAAGGCCCGGGUGGCGGUAUCUUCAAGAGCGACAAGAGAAAAAAGGAUGUCAAGAAGGCGCGAGCUGUGACCACUAGGGAAGAAAGCGGCGACGAAGAUGAAAAGGAGCAAGGGGAGGGUGAAGAUGGGAGUGAUGACGCCGAAAGUGACGAGGAGUUUGAUUCCGAUCAAGGCGAAAGCGAUGGCGACGACUAUGAUGGCCCAGAUCCCGUCUCGAACGCCCACAAGCGCGAAGAGAUCGAUGGGCUAGAAAUCAUUUCGGACGUCGAAUCUGACGCCGCCUCGAACGCGGGCUCUGAGGACAUCAAUAUGGACCAGCUGCGCCAAUAUCAGCUGGAGAGACUACGAUACUAUUACGCCAUCGCUACCUUCAGCACCGUCGCUGCCUCUGAAUACAUUAUGAACGAGUGCAACGGCACAGAAUUUGAACAAACUGCAAACUUGCUGGACCUGAGCUAUGUGCCCGAGGAUAUGACCUUUGACGAGGACUCUGUUCAUGACGAGGCCGACAAGGAGCCCAAGGGAUACAAAGGCAACGACUUUGUCACUGACGCUCUGCGACAUUCCAACGUCAAGCUCACUUGGGACCAAGACGACCCCAACCGAGUUAAAAUGACCCGCCGAACUCUUACUCGCGAGGAGAUUGAGGAACAAGACUUCAAAAACCUGGUCGCCUUUUCAGGGAGCGAGGCCGAAGAGUCUGAUUUAGAGGAUGAGAACGACGCUGCGGGAAAGAAGAGGGUGGACAAGAAGAAGGCGAUGAAGGAGAGGAAGGAAAAGCUGAGAAACUUGUUGCUGAUUGGUGGGGACGACGACGAUGGGGCGGUCGAUGUCUGGGGCAAGGCCGGUACGGCGCUCGAGAAAGAGUUUGAGGAUAUCAGGACCUCCUCCUCCAAGGAUACCGUCGGUGGUGCCAAGAAGCCCAAGUCCAAGGCAUCUGACGACCUCGAAAUCACCUUCCGUCCCGGUCUCUCCACUGCCCCCGGCGUUGAAGAAGACAACUUGACAUCGUUGGAAAGAUACAAGUUGAGGAUGAAGGAGAAGAAGCAGAGGAAGAAGGAAAAGAUGGAGCUCAAGGCUGCGGCCAGGGAUGGCAGCGGCGAUGAGGGCAAAAAUGGCGGCAAGGACGCGUUCUUUGGGAGUGAUUCAGAGGGUGACGAUUCUGAAGAAGAGCGGCCACGUACCGCAGCCGACUCCAAGCUCAAGCCCAAACCCAAAUCAAAGGAUCUCGAGCCGACCGUUCAUGAGGAGGACGACCUGUCCGGCCUUGUGGGCUCUAAUGAGCCCGAUACCAAUUUCUCAAUGAAGGAUAUCGUCAAAUCCGAGAAGGAGUCUGGCUCAAAGAGAAAAAGGAGAAGGACAAAGAAGGGAGAGGAGAGGGAGAAGGAGUUGGGGCAAGAGGGCUGGAAGAUUGACGUCAAGGACGACCGUUUCAAAGCCCUUCACGAGGAGCCCGAGUUUGCCAUCGACCCUAGUAACCCUCAGUAAGUCGUGGGUCUGCCUUGAUGUGUAUCCCAAGCUGAUGGUCAUGUAGCUUUGUCAAAACCAAGGCCAUGCAGGACCUCUUGGACGAGCGCACACGUCGACGCAAUAUGCAGAAGCACUCUGAGCCCGAGGGACGCAAAUCUGCCUCUGGCGUCAAAAAUGUUGAGGACAAGGAGAGGAAUCUGGAUAGUCUGGUCGAGAGUGUGAAGAGGAAGAUGGACCAGGGUCAGCAAAAGGCCAAAAGAAAGAGGUCCAGAAAGUGAUUUGUACCUCGUAUGAUUGAACACCCCAUGUAUAUUCUUCAUGCCA